ACCAACAUGGCGGCGGAUUUGAAGUUGCAAGGUCAGAAGACAAGUGGGGAUUCCAGGACUAACGGUGGCGGUGAUUUGUGUAAUAUUCCUUGUUUAAGGCUACCAAAGCCGUUAGGAUAUGGAAUCAUUGCUUUAACAUCGUUAACCUGCUAUAUGAACAGCUUGGACUAUGAUUUGGUUCACGAUGAUGUUUUUGCAAUCAAGGAGAACUCAGACGUUCGUCCCGACACUUCACUUUAUAAUUUGUUUAUGAAUGACUUCUGGGGCAAGCCGAUGUGGAGUAAUACAAGCCACAAGUCUUACCGACCACUUUGUGCGCUAACUUUUCGAAUGAACUACAUGAUCCAUGGGUUAAAUCCUUUUGGCUACCAUGCAGUGAACAUCAUUUUGCAUUGUAUGGUUUCGUUGUUGUACACCUUUAUGUGCGAUGUGGUGGCUUUCAAAUCAAGUGUUUUAGCACUUUUUGCUGGACUCCUCUUCACUACACAUCCUGUUCACACAGAAGCUGUUAGUAAAAGGCUUUCUAUUUUGUUGAUUCCACUGUAUAAUCAGUCAUUAGGCCCCAUUUAACGUCGAACUUUUCAUGUACUAAACUUAAAAAUUACUUGGGUCGACCCAAAUGAUAUAAAUUUGACAUUUUAUUCAAGCGUUAAACUUUAUUAGACGGGUCAAUUCAUUUUCACCAUGUACAAUGAUCUACACCUGCUUACCAGUCAAAAUAAAUUGUGUGGUUCCAAAAAUUAUCCAUACCUUCCCCAUGGAAGGGAUUUUUCCUUAGACCCUUCCCCCACCCCUCUGGAAAUUCCAGUCAAGCUUCAUACAUUUACUUAAAUUUUUGGGCUUUUGAGAACCCCCCACCCCCUAAGGAAUUUUCAAUCCCUUCUGUGGGGGGAGUAUGGAUAUUUUCUGGAACUACACAUUAGAGUAAUUUAUGCAUUAGAUUUGGCAUUUGAAAAGCAUAGCGAUUGAAACAAAGUCGUUCUGAGGUCAAAAUUCCCAUGUGAGUCACUUGAACUUAAUUCAUGGGUCGAGCCAAAUUACUCCUGUGGGACUUGAUUGAUUCAAACGUCAAUCUUUUCAUGUAGUGACUACUUAAUUGAGGGGAUUAGGUUAGGUGAGUGAAACUUUCAACAAUUGAACUGAGCCUUACUUCAGUACUGAUUAUGGUAUGAGGGUCAAGAUGAUGGCAGCUGGGUUUCUUAUUAUAGAUUUACCAGUUGUUUUGCUACAAUGUCAAUUCACUGAAAGUUGUUUCACUGCAUAUCAAAAUCAUUUGCAAAAAUGUCUUUUCGCAUGAGUUUGGAAAAUUUGCAAAAACAACUUGGUUGCUUCUGAAAGAACUGGCCCCAGUUGUUCAAAGGGUGGAUAGUGCAAUGGUUUCCAGAAGUGUUAAGGAAACCAUUGCACUAUCCACUUCCGCUGGUUAGUGAUUCAUCCAGUGGAUUUAUAACGCUGUCCAACGUUUGAACAACAGGCCCCUGUUGGUUUGUUACCCCUAGUGCAUAACAUCAAACUUAACAAUCUUUAGACUGAGAGGUCCAUUCCUAUGGUACCAAUUGAAAGAGAUAUGAAGCAGACUCAGGCUGUUACAGGUAGCAAAGAAAGCCAGUUUUACAGCCUGCCAUUUACGCAAGCUGUAGCUAGCAUCUACUAGCCCAAGAGACAUUUGGACUCGCCCGAAAAAUUUUUUUGAUGAGCUGGAAUGAUUGCAGUUUUUCUAUAUUUUGAAUUUCCCAAAAAACUUCACUUACCCAUCUGUCAAGUUUGGCACAGAACUCGGUAGCCUGAUCACAAAGUCCACUAGCCCUGAGCUAUCAGACAUGACUUUCUUUGCAUGCUGUGUUAGUCUUGCCAUAAUGAAAGUAUUGCUUAGGGGCUUUUUAUGUUAUUGAGCCAUAACAAUGAAACUAUUUUGUCAACUGUAUAAACUUAAUUGCUAUCAAAAAUUUUCAUUGCAAGUUAAUUUGUUUAGAAUUGGUACAUCCCCGGGCAGUGAAAGUCAAUUUAAGCCACAUCCACAAAACAAGAUUCUGGUACCUUUGGGAGGUGUUAAAUUUAAGUUAUCAUCAUUUUCACUGGAAAGUACCCCAGGGCUUUAGUCUCUUAUGGCAAUUAAAUCCUUGCUACACACCAGUGUGCUUCUGAUGCAUUAUUUUAUUAUUUCUUAGGUGACAGGUGUUGUGGGACGUGCUGAUGUAUUGGCAUGCUUGCUAUUUCUACUUUCAUUCCUUUCUUUUGUGAGGUACUGAAAACUGCUUUUAAUCAUAGAUAUACCAUCUUCUCAAAACUUUUUACUUUUUCUUCCAAAAAUGAGAGUGCAUUUACUUCGUCAAGUAAACUCUCACUAAACAGCAGAGUAAAAAAAGCCAUCCUUAAUAGCGUCUGUAGAUAACUUUACUGAAGGAACAUAGCACAUAAUUGAAAAAUUGAAAUAUGAGAGAUUUAUAUGUAAGUAUUUUCAAAAAUAUAAAGGGUGGAUUCAUUUUUAGUGUACCCGUUUAGCUCAGAGCUGUCAUUAAGAGCUGCGGGCCGGGGAUUUCCCCUGGCUACUUAUUGGAAAAUAGUAGAAAAAUAGAACCAAAAGAAAUCUCUAGCUCUUUGAUUCCACGCCUACUUGUUGUAUUUACCCAGCAACUUGAAAUCUUAGUGACAACCAUGAUUUAGCUGUAACAGUUUGUUAGGUCACCAGCAAUGUUAUAUCUACAAUGGAAUCCUAAUUCUUUUAACUACCUUGGGAAAAACAAGUUAGUCCAGUUAUUCAUUGAGGUAUAGGAUCCCUUGAUAGGUUUCUUGAGGGACUGGUUUGAGGUGUACACUGUAACUUCUUUAUCUUUCCAUUGUGACUGACAGAUCAACCAGAGAGAGGACCUAUUGGUGCAACAUGUACACAAUUCUUUGUGUGAUGUUUGGUUCGAUGGCAAUGCUUGUAAAAGAGCAUGGUAUAACUGUAUUUGGUGUCUGCGUCAUCUAUGAUUGUCUUUUAAUCCAUAAAAAGUUAAUAUGGAGGUUAGAAUCUAAGAUACCAUUCUCAUUUAGUUAACUAUUGGCUAGUCUGGUAUAGAGCCGUUGUUUUUGUCGUCAUGCAACGCUUCUCCCAGGGGGAGGAGAAUUGGAUGACGAUACAAACAACAGCUGUAUAGCAUACUAACUAUUGGCUCUCUAUUGCUAAGAAUGAUUCUUUUAAGUUUUUGGUGUAAUAAAAAAUCCUAUUUUUAAUUUUUCGUACCGCCAAAUCUCUGCGAAACAAAGUCAAUAGUCCACAUUCAAGGGUACCUGUAUUAUAGAGGUGGGGAUUGUUUGAAGUUUGGUAUCUUUGGGACCAAGGGGAGACCUGUUUCAAAUAAAGAGGUGUGCGAAAUAGGAGUUGAACAUAAAAAAGUCACUACAUUUAGAGGCAAACUAGUACAUCUUUUAUGAAUAUUCAUUAAGCUUUUUUUCUGUUUCUGUACCUGCAGGUUUAUAACCAAUAGAGCAGAGUUACCCUUGGAAAGUGAAACAGUAAAACCUCUUUUGUUUAGGAUAAUAAUUCUUUCAACCACAGUGAGUAUAGUUUAUUUGCUUAAGAUUUACUUUAUUACAUCUGUGGCUCAUGCAUGGUUGCCUUUUACACAACAUGUAGCAAACAGUGUAUCUUAAGGUUACUACUACUACUACUACUACUACUACUACUACUACUACUACUACUACUACUACUACUACUACUACUACUACUACUGCUACUGCUACUGCUACUGCUACUGCUACUGCUACUGCUACUGCUACUGCUACUGCUACUGCUACUGCUACUGCUACUGCUACUGCUACUGCUACUGCUACUGCUGCUGCUGCUGCUGCUGCUGCUGCUGCUACUACUGCUACUGCUACUGCUACUGCUACUACUAAUAAUAAUUUUGAUAAUUAUAAUAAUAAUGAUAAUAAAAAUAUCUCUUAUUUUCAUGUUGGGUUUGCGCGAGGUUUUACAAAAAAAGAGCUUGCUGCUUGUCGAGAAUUGCUUGAGCCAUGCGCGAAGGAAGGAAACCAAAUGAUAGCCUGGUUCUGAGACUUGAAUCUGGACUAUCAUCAGAUCCGAACUUUCUAACGUGUUAUCACUUAGACUACCACACCUCCCAAGUGAGUGAAUCAUGCAGACGCUGUUACAUUCAGUACUGAUAUAUGCUGUUUCAUCAAUCCUUCCUACAGGUUGUUGCUCUAAUGAUUUUUAGGGUAUGGAUGCUUGGAGGUCAUCUUCCAUACUUCACCAAACAAGACAACCCUGCAUCGUUCUCAGACUCUCUAGCCACUCGUAUAAUGACCUACUGGUAUCUAAUUGCCUUCAACUCUUGGCUGCUUCUCUCACCAAGUGUCUUGAGCUAUGAUUGGCAAAUGGGUAGCAUACCACUUGUGGAAUCACUUUGGGACUCUCGUAACUUAGCAACGCUGAUGUUUAUUGUGAUAGCUGUACUUUUGGUUUACUCUUCGGUGGUGUCCAACAAAACUGACGUGAGUACAGAAGACUGACCCUCCUCCCCUGGGACCCCUCCCUUUGCAGUGCUCAUUGUACAAACUUCCUAUAGUGAGACAUAUUCUGUCUACUGCUUAAAAAAGGGAAAACUGACUGAAUAAAAGGGUCAUUAUUGUGAAAUGCAGGAAAGAUGUCAGGUACAAGGUAACGUCCCUUGCGACCCAGUAACUUCAAGACAACAUGCGUGGCGCCCAAAACUACGGCCGGUUAUCGUAAUAACUGAUACGUAUUUUUUAUUUGGUUUGUAUUAACCCAAAAAGAAGCCCUGUCAACCAUAAAAUCCCUGUUCACGGUGUCUGCCUAUUGUAGCGUAAAUUGCUCAUUUGUGGGUCGUGGGCAUAUUUUAAUGGGAGAUUAUCUAAUCCGAGCGACUGUUAUUUGCAGAUCUGUGAAAUUCUUGAAUUCUAUGCUAUAUCAAUGACCUUUUUAUCACCGUUUCAGAAUGCCUUCCCCGGUGGCUACCACUUCUUCGUGUUUUUGCAAAGAUUCGUUUGUUUUUUCUUUAUGACGCUCCAUUUUACCUGAGAUAUUUGUCCGAGUUAUGUAAGUGCGCGUAUUAUAGCGUGUAAAACGUUUAUAUCCUACGGAACUGUCAGCUGCAAUAAAGAUGUUUCCAUAUUUUGACAACGUAUGUUUAAUUAACCUUUCUACUCGUGAUUGAUGGAGUCUUGUGGGGAUUCUAACGUUUGAGUCUGGGAAGGAAAUCUUGCGGUGUGACCGUCCAUAUGGAACCUCCUUUUGAGUACCUUCACAUUGUGCUAUUUUUAUUCUUCAGCAUUUAAAAAAAAUAAAAUUUGGAAAUUUUGUCGAAUACUGACUUAAAACAAUUUUAGGAGUGUAAGGGUUAAGAGACAUUUCUUCGCUUAUUGUGAGAAUUUUACUCAGGUUAAAUCCACUCUUUCUGACGGUUCCUUUUACAGCCUGAAGAACAGGAUAUUCUCGUGCUGUCCCUGGCCUUGUUGGUCGUUCCUUUUCUUCCAGCGUCAAACCUUUUCUUCAGAGUAGGAUUUGUGGUUGCAGAAAGAAUUUUGUAUGUACCAAGGUAAAAAUCGACUGAAGUUUAUAGCUUCUUUAUAAUUAAUAUAGACUUACAUGAAAGAAAACACUGCUGAUCGGCUCUAAAAUUAGUCGAGACAAUUAAUUUCUCAACGGCAUUUCUCACUUUUUGCCGACACUAUCUGUUACAAAAAGGAAAAAGCGAGUCCUCCCUUCCCUACUCCCCCAAUAUAAUGUUGUUCUCCUGUUCAAACAAGUCACCAUUGGUUAGGGAUUGAGGUGGGGUGGGUGUAGAUUGUUUUGUUACCCGAUCCAUGGUCCAUCGACGACAGUCUAAGCAUAGUCUAAGCAUUUGUGUCGCUGAUUGUGUCUUUUUCAAACUUAUUACUAAUUCACCAGCCGUGACUUUCUGACAUGUCUGGAUAACUGCAGGACAAGUGCACCAUUUGCAGUGACUACUUUUAUUGAUUUUGCGGAAACAAUGCCCCUAAUGCUCAUAACAACAGGAGGUCCUGGUUACAGGAACCUUAGCCAUUGUCGUCAAAUCGCUAUGUUUGAGAAAAUAAUCCUAUAAUCGAAGCAUUGUUUUAUCGCAAUUUUAAACACCUUUGAAGUUCGCCAACUCUUGUUCCGUAUUUGAUAUGUUAUGGAACACUCUUUCUUAUUGAUGUAAUACUUAAAUACGUGUUUGAUUGAAUGGUGCCAUGAUGUCUUUCAUUUAUUUUUGUAGCAUGGGGUUCUGCCUACUGAUUGUUUGCGGGCUUAAUAGACUGGCCUCGUUUGCAAGAAGUGACAGAACAAUUUUUAACACGGAUAAAACGAACAAUGGUCAACGAACGAAAGCUUCGACAUUUUCAGAAGCGUCAUCAACGACAAAGCUACUGCAAAAGACCUUACUACUAGUAUUUUUUAUGCUGACUGGACUUUUUUGUUGGAAAGUUAUUGUCCGUAACCGAGUGUGGAGAAACAGAGAAUCCUUAUUUAGGUGAAUCUUAAUAAUGUCUUUUUUCAUGAAUACCUCAGUUGGUAUAAAUAGUGAUUUCAUAGUUGCUUUGACUUUGCAUUAAAACUUCAACUAACCUUUAUUUAUAGAUCUGGGGUUGAAACCCUUCCUCACAAUGCCAAAGCUCACUAUAACUACGCUAAUUUUUUAAAGGACGUUGGAAGGAGCAAGGAAGCUGUACACCAUUAUGAAACAGCGCUAAGGUGAGUCUUUUUUCAUGAAUGCCGUAUCACUGGCGGUACGUUGAACUGAACAUCUUCGUAGGAGCGGUUUUGGACAAGUAUUUGUUUGUAUAUACAUGUAAAUAAGCUUAGGUCUAUGUUUUGCUUAAAAUGCCGUUAGAACAUGCUUUUAAAAUUAGUACUAGAUUUCGCUUAAGUCCACUUUCAAGAGAUCGAUAGUCAGGGGACUCCACUAAAACAUACUUCAAGAAGUCUAAGGUAAAGUAGUUACGUUGUUUUGGAAGAAAAGAAAAGAAAAAUCUUGAGUUGGUAGAGAGUGUACUGUGGGUAAAUGCUAACGUAACGAUUUCGCUGCCUUAUAGAGUCAAGUAUUUCUAAAAGAACCAUGUUUUUCUUUUUGGGGUGUGGGGUUUCCGUUAAUGUACUGGUAUGUUUUGUUUUCCCUACUGAGAUCACUUGAUGUUCUCAGGGCCUGUUUACAUGAGAUGAGCGAGCCCGGUUGGCCGGGAUGGCUCGGCUUAUCGUUCUGUUUAUAUAUGAUUGGGGUAGUUUGGUGGUGACACCUAUUCGCGCGUAAAUACGCCGUCUCAAAUUUACUCCUCACAGAAAUAUUAUUGUCUAUUUCUAUCUUUAGGUUGGCCCCUGAUCAUGUUAGCACUCAUAACAAUCUCGGUACACUCUUGGAAAACAAUGAGGUGUGUCCAACAAAUUUUAAAACUCUUUUCUUGCUCAAAGACAAACAAUUAAACCUCCGUCCAGAUUCGAACCCAGAACCUCCUUGGGUCGGGUUCUGUAUCCUCCAAGCUACAGAGAGACUCGUGGGGGGCCGAGCAAGGCCAUUUAUUGAAUUUUUAUGUGAAACCUUCUUGCGUACUGUUACGACCAGCACUGUUGAUGGCGAAACUGCUGGGCUCCUUCUGCCUUAUUCAAUACAUGUGCUUGCUCGGCUCCCCACGAGUCUCUCUGUAGUUUGGAGGACAGAGAGACUCUUUGGGAGCCGAGCAAGGCCAUUUAUUGAAUUUUUCUUAAAAAACCUUCUUGCAUACUGUUACGACCAUUAGUGUUGAAUCAGGUUCCUUCUGUAGGUACCGAGGCACAGAUUACGUACAACAAAAGAACCAAAGGAACCAGACAAUAAAGCCCCCAGGAGAACUCUAUGGUUUGGUUCCUUUGUUUCUUUUGUGAUGACAGUACCUGCCGAAAGACCUAACUGUUGCCACAAUUUUGUGCCGAUUUUUAAAUAUAUUAAGUAGUAAAAUCUCAUUCGGAACUCCGCCCAGUAUGGAGGAAGGCCCUCUUCAUUGCCCGCCGCUGGGGAUACGAGAAGCGAUGAGAAGAGGUUGUAUUCACUGGCUAUAACUUAUAGAUAGUUACAUGUAUCACAACUUACAGUUGUUUCGCUCAUAAAGAAAAUAAUGACUGAACGAUGAACGACAAUUCCGUUUAUAUGUCUUAAUUGUCGCCUUCAGAAAGCCAUGGAGCAUUUCUAUCAAGCCAUAAGGCACGAUCCUUACCAUGCAAACUCCUACUUCAAUCUUGGAACACGUUUAGCGUGAGUACCUCAUAAUUUAAGUUUAGAUAGGUCGUAGGCAAGAACUCUUUUUUUUUUUUUUCGAAAAGGCGUGCUAGUAUACCUAGCGUCGCCUCUUAACCAUCUCCAGUUUAACGUGUAAUAAGCGACCAGGCCGCCAUCCAAACCUGCGGCGCGCAACCGCCAUUUUUGACCAACAAACCCUGCCAUUAAUAUGGGCUUAUCAACGGUACAGAUAUGCACCUCUGCCUGUUUACAGGUCUACAAAUAAUCGCAACAAUAACAGUACUGUUAUUUUUUAGAGGCGACUCUAAUAAUUUAUACACAGCGAAAAAUGACUUAACAGUGAGUACCCUUUUGUCUAAGAUAGGAUUAGAACUCCAAAUUCACCGCCAAUUUUUUGUAGCUAAGAUUUGGCAAAUGUCUAUAUGACUGAAAACGUUGUUCUAAUCGUUACAGUUGUGUAAAAAUAGUAUCCUGUUUUUUUUUCUUGUCAGGGCUUUGAAGCGUUUACCUGAAGCUGAAGCGAUGUUGAAAAAGGCACUUGGGUGAGUACAUACUGAACUAGACUCUUCCGCUCUCAUGUUACCUAAAUUGUGAUCUUAACAACAAGAAGAAAAGAUGAAAUGUUAUUUAGGAUGGGGGGAGGGGGUUGGGGCGACUCGCACGGACCUAUACAAGGCACUUUAUGCCUCCACUCUUUUUUAUGGUAGUUUUUAGUUAUUUAUUUACAAGGAUAUAUCCAGCCGGAUUUUUGAAAAACCACCUAGUACCGAAAAUUGCAGCCAUUCGACUAAAAAGGGGGCAAAAAGGCAAGGCAAAUUUCUUGCUUCCGAUAAGCCCGAAAAUCAGACUACGAAAGGAAAAGAAAAGGACAAAUAGAGCGAGAUGGGAGAAAUAAAUAGAGAAAAUCAGUGGCCGGUUGCACUCUUAGUUUUUAUAUUGUUUACUUUAGUUCUUGAACGAAAAACACUGGUUGACGGAAGAGGUCUAUUUUGGCAGUAACGUGUUCAAAAAUCCUGCUACACGUCUUUAGUUAUUUACUUGUUUGUUUGUUUCAUCUGUCAUGCCGUGUAUUCUUCGCUCGUGUUAUCCCAGUGAAAUUAGGAAAACAAAAACAAAAACAAGAAGAGAGAAACAACUAAUUGUACUUAAAUACUUUAAUCCUAAAUCUUAAAUCUGCAAACAAAACAGGAUAUAAAAAUUUCCUCCAUGCGAUGUCUUUGUUGCUUUACUCUUACAAAGUAACUCGAUGGAACCUUGUCUUAGCCAUGAUAUACUCAUAUCAGUAUUCUUCUCAUCAGAUUGAAUCCAAGUUAUCUGGAUGCGGUAAUGAAUAUCGCUGGUGUUCUCAGCGAUCAAGGGAAACUGGUUGAAGCUGAGGAGUUUUACAAAAAAGCGUUGACUUUAGAACCACAAAACGCUGACGCGCACAACAAUUAUGGCGUUUUCCUGGGUAAAAUGGGUCAGACAACAAAAGCCUUGGAGAAAUACAAAACUGCAUUAAAACUGAACCCAAGUCACUCAGUAGCUUUGGUUAACAUGGCUCGACAAUUGCGUACCUCCGGGAACAUUCAUGAUGCGGAAAAAACUUAUAAAAGGUUUGUGUAUAUAUUACCACAAAAUCCUGAUCUAAGUCACUUUGUGGCUUUGGUGAAUUGUUCACUAUUUAGAUGCCAAAAACAAAACAAAUGCUGAUCUAAUUUCUUCGGCAAGCGGGUGAUCCAGGGAUGCUAUUCUGUUUUACAGCGAAGCGUGGUUUCUUUUUCCGAGACGUAAUAAACCAAACAUCAGUGCGCUCUAUUUAUGAAGUUACAGAGCAAGGAAAUUUACGCAGUUCAAGUGAAUUAGGGCUGUAUUUGACACAGGCAGUCUAUUUAAUUCUCCUUUAUCUACGAGUUCGCCUCUAAUGUAGAAUCACAUCUUCCUAUAAACUCGUAGCUAGGGCACCGGGGUUCGACUCGCCUUUGGCGAACUGUAUUUCCACAAAGUAUGUUUUAUCCUACAAUUUUUCGCUUAAAUGAUCCUGACAACUUUGUUAGCUACAAGGGAUAUUCAAAAAUGAGGCCGUGAGCCGUAAAGCUCACGCCCAUAUUCCCGUACCCUCAAUAUCCCGCACAGGACAGCUGGCUUCCGAGGCUUUCCAAGAAACAAUGGCCAAGACACUUUAGUGACACUGUCGUUUUCUAUUAUUUAAGACUACAAUGGGUAAUUUAUUUGUUUAUUUUUACCUUAGAGCUUUAUCAAUAAAAAGAGAGCCAAGUACUUUACAGCUUCUUGGUGUUUUAUAUUACCACAAUAAUCAAUUGAAGGAAGCCGAGGCGACCUGGAAAGAAGCGCUGCAACUGGCGCCAUCAAAUGUCGAGACUCGGUCAAACUACGUGAGUGCUUUUUCUUUUUCUUUUUUUUCUCGUCGCGCAGCAAAGUUUUUGAAAGGGAUUAUUUCUUAACGUAAAACAAUACUGCGUUGUUUGGGAGUGAAACAAAGAAAAAGUAUUAACCAUAACUUAACCUCCGUAAAGAGAUUGAAAAGCUGACUUUUUAAGGGCUAGCCCUUUGUUAGAGCGAAUCCGAUUCGCCUACUUGUCACCUCAAAAGUUUGUGAUUGCCGAUAAAACAGAGUAGGCUUAGAUUAUUAUUUUGUCGCCUGGAUUUUACGUGUCUAGCCUUAGUCUAAAUAAAAAUGAUGAUUGUGGUUAAUAAAAAUGAUCGGAGCUAGCAUGCAGAGCCACUGGAAACAGGUCUAACCUUCCUAAGUCUUAAGAAUAAGUGUGUGAUGUGUGUUAAGUAGUAUAGUAGGGACCGAUCAGGCCCCUUUUCUUGCACAUUUAUUUAUGAGAAGAAGAGGUCAUCGGCGUUAAUGUAUUCCUGCGCAAAUAAAUGAGAUUCCCGCACAAAAAUGGGCCCAACCAGUCCCUAUCAUGCUAUUGUGUCUCACAAUGGUGUGUUGUCACCCAUUAUCCAUCCGGCUUGAAUCCCCCUGCCUUCCGUUUGAUGUUUUUGUCUUUUGUCACUUCGUUUCUGCAAACUUUUGAUUUCUGUUAUUUCUAUUUCCAGGCCAUUCUUCUCAGUCGAACAAACCGGCUAAGCGAGGCCGUGAAUAUUCUGAAGGGACUGGUGCAAGAUGAUCCCCAGAACCUUGCACAUUAUAAAACACUGGCUGGAAUGUAUGCUCAAAAGGGACAGGUAAAAGAGGUGAGGUGUUUAGCCUUUUAAAGGACUGUUUUGUUGUCCAUUUUUAUUUGUUAUUUUUUUUUUCGCGUUUCCUGAUUGCCGUUAAUCUGUUAUUCCCCGCUUGGGAUUUUCAGGGCGGAAAAACGUAAUGCGCAUGCGUUAACUUUUUUGCCCAGAUCCCCUGGCCGGGUUUGAAAAAAUGGCGGGAUUUCAAAACUUUUUUUGCCUAAAAAUAAAAUGUUUCCACUCAUAACCUGGAAAGAACAGGCAAUUUGUCUUCAAAAGUUGCAAGCUGUGGUUAUAACCUUGUCGUUACUUAAUUUUCUCGAAGAAUACCUCAUAGUAAAACGGACUUUAACGACAUUAUUUUCCUUGCGUUGUACUGGAAAUGUGCAUGCGUAGGUCCGAUUUUUUUCAAGAUGCAUUCACAAAAUGUGUUCAUAUAAGGAAGUUCCUGGAUAUAUAAGGUCCAGAGCUCCACUGUGGACACAAAGACAAUAUACCUUUCGACAGUGGUUUGCCCAAAAAAAUUGGCGCUUGCCCACAAUGUGUUUGAGGUCACUGAACUUUGUCGCACUCGAGCUGAUAUUUUAAAACCCUGGCUCGAUCGGACACGCGUGGUUUCUCAGAUCACUAAAAUAUAAGCAAAAUCCUCAAUGUAGAAGUUAUUGGGUUGAUAAAUGUGGGCAGAAAAAAGGUCAAUCUUUAUCUGGUAAAAUCUUCCCAAAAAUCGGUUUCAAAGCAACUAUAGUUUUUUUAAACUUGCUCGUAUCGCGCUGAUAUAUAAAUUUUGCUUUGUGUUGUCAAGUUGAACACGCAUAACAUCUAUCAAAAACCUACGUGUAGAUAGGAUUUCCUUCAAACAAAGUUAAAGUUACAUUAUUUCAAAAACUUCUUGCUGACAAUGAAGAAAUGAAUUUUCUGUACGAAAACAACCUACCUAAAGAUCUUAAAAGCAAAAGAUCAGUUGCAACUUCGCAGCCAAGCCAUGAUUCACCAAGUAGCUAUUUUCAAUAAGCUUGACUGGUCCAUGCGAGGGUCUUGGUUUAAGCAAAUUAAACUCAGCCGAUCAUUAGAAAAUACAGAAAAUUGCACAUAAGGGUUUGUUUUGCUCCCCUCUGUCAAAUCAAGCUGCAGCAAUUGUUUACCGGAAAAGAGUUAAUUGUUUUGAAGUCACUGCCGGCAGUUGUCGUUCUCUACCUCACAGCGAGUGAAAAGGACAAUUUGCAUACAGAAAGUGAUUCUUAUAAAGAACAGAAACUCUCACAGUGCACAGGAAAACAAAACUAUGAAGUGAAAAAUGGAAAAAACUAUGACUAUUAUUACUUGAGCAACAGAAAAAUGAUCUUGAGUAAGCUUGCUGGCCUUCUAUUUCCGAGAAAGUUUAAUUAAGCGCACAAGUUUGUUCACUCUGAUGCGUUAUAACAGCAAUAUGGUUCUUUGACUGAAGACAAAGAUAAAGCUGGUUCUGCAAAGGUAAUAAAUCUGGGGAUGUAAAAAAAGUAACCGUAACUACUAACAACAGAAUACAAGCGGGUUUUAAUUCAACCCAGCGAAAUCAACUCAUAAAUUAAUCGGAUACACAAUCAGAAAAUACUCGUCUCUUAAGAAAUGUUCAAAACCCUUUAUUCCACCUCAGACUGACGGAAUGAUCCGUUUUCCCUUUAACAUUGGUUGUUCUGAAUCCAAAGUAAUUUUCAAGUGACGAAAAAAAAGCAAACAUGUCAAAUAAAAAUGCUUUACAGGGAGCAAGCGUUCUCACCUCGUGCAUUUCACUCAGAACUCCAGCAACAAACAAACACAGUCAACACAGUCGUCAACACACAGAAAAGCCCGCCUUGAGCCUGCGAUAAGGAAUGCGCAGAAGCUUGCGCAGAACGUUUUUCCGCCCUGAACUUGGGAUUGCCUUUGAAGAGUAGAUGGUCUGGAGUGUGACAAGUCUUCGUCUAUAAAGGUGGUGUUACACGAGAUGAUUCGCAACGACUACUUUAAGCGCAACACAGCGUUGCAUCAUUGUAGCGACAUUGUUUCGAAUAGUUAUAACGUUGCUCCAAUAUUGCGACGCCGUGUUGCAUUAAAAAUCGUUGUUGCGAAUCGUCCCGUGUAACAUCUUUAUUUAUUUAGUUUCUUUAUUGUUUUUGUUGCAGUCACUACAAGUUAUUAACAACGCCCUUGAACUUCAUGGUGGUGACGCAGACCUUUAUUUUCAUCAAGGCAAUUUUUAUAAAGAUUUGAAGAAUAUGCAAGAGGCCCAAAAGGUUUGGUGUUUUUUAACUGUCCUUUUGAUCCACACCAUUUACCCCCUUUCUUUUCCCGCCCCUUUAUUUCUCUUCUUUGUCAAUAAUAUGGCAGCCACAUCUUUUUUGGACUCCCUAUCUUUCUCCCCUCUUCCAUUCUUCCUUAUCCAGAUUGUCCUGCUCCUUCUCUCCUCCAGUAUUUUAUUUUCCCGCUCCUCCGCCACUUUCGUACUUGUUUGUAACAGAAAAAGUUAGCAAUAACCAUUUUUGUGGCCAUACAGUGCUUCAUGUUGGCUCUUCAAUUGGACCCGGAACACUUCAGUGCUCAUUUAAACCUUGGAGUUAUCUUUCAUCUUGAGGUAGGUUGCGACUAGAGAUUAUGACAUGAUAUACUUAAUCUGUUUAGAGUUGCCCAGAAUUCCUUCAUCUUUGCCAAGUCAUUUGGCGACACUUGCUCAGGCGAAGAGACAUAAUCACUGUUAAGCAGUCAUAUUGUUAAUUAAAUCUUGUCAUGUUAGGUCUAUAAUUAGAGAGCUUUAGAUCCUGAGACGAGAACGACUACGACUACGAGAUUUUCUCAGUACUAACUAUAGUGCUCUUGCGUGAGCCAGCAUCAUAUAUUUUGGCGGGAAAAUGUGAUAGCCGUCGUCAUUCUACUACGAGUUUUAGCGAGAAUGUCGUAGUGGCGGGAACAUGUUAUCAAAUUGUAGAAGUUUUAUCAUUUUGCUAUCGGGAGAGGGCUUAACCUCCUUCAGUAUAAAUAACUGUACUAACUGUUUUGGAGAAAUAAAGUAAAAUGAAUCUUUCCGGGGUGUGUGUUUUUUUUAAAGUACACUCGCAAAAGUUUUAAGUUAAAUCUCGUACUCGUUAUCGUCCCCAAAUCUAAAGCUCUCUAAUACCGGAACAGUCAACUCUCUCGACGAAGAGCUCUUUGGGACCGACACUAAGUGUCCGUCUAAGAGAGGUGUCCGUCGGAUAGAGAGUCAAAAAAAGGGAGUAAAGAAAGGCAGGGACCAACUCUAGGUGUCCGUUUUAUUGACUUGUCGGUCUCAUUAAGAUGUCUGGUAAUAGAGAGUCGAUUGUAUUACUCAAUGACAAAUAUUAGUGAAUACCAGAGAGGAAACUUUAAUAUUGCGCUUUACUUUUUACAGGGAAAUUAUGCAGAAGCACGCUUUCAUUAUGAAACUGCUGCUAAGUUGAAUCCAAACGACAACACUUUGAAACAAAAUCUGGCAAAGCUACAACGCCUUGAGAAAAGAAGUCAAAAGUAA